CCCGGCUCUGUAGGCGAGAUGGGACACUUAUGAAUUAAUUCGCAUUGACACAAGCCGGUGUGACAGUUUUUCCGCGUAAAGGAGCACCUCGCAAUAGCAGUGUGAGGCUGUUGGACGUCAAAACCGUACGAUAAAGGUUGGCCACAGAAUGUCUAAGUGCGUUUGUAAAUACAGGAAGGAGCAGUUCGUUAGGAACAGCUUGUUUUAAACAGCCAGUUUCAUUAAUAGUACAAUCAUGGCGGUCGUCGUGUUCCUGGUUUUGCUGUACCCUCUCGUGGCAGAGGCAGGCAGCAGUGACAGCUUCCUCAAGAUGUUCGCGGCCCAACAGACGCCUCCAGAUCCUUGCUACGACGAACAUCGUCCCAGGCGCUGCAUCCCAGACUUCGUGAACGCGGCGUUUGGAAAUCCUGUUGAAGCCUCUAGCACUUGCGGUUCUACUGUACCGGUGAGGUAUUGCGACGUUUCGGAGACUCUUGGCGGAGGUGGCGGUAAUGGUGGUAUUUGUCACAUAUGCGACGAGUCUCAGCCGAAACGUCGUCACCCCGCCUCAUACCUGACUGACCUGAACAAUCCCAAUAACGUUACUUGCUGGAGGUCGGAACCAAUAGUAUCUCCCGCCAGCGCCUCGAGUUUCCCGGACAACGUGACCCUAACGCUAUCCCUGGGCAAGAAGUACGAGCUGACGUACGUAAGUCUCCAGUUCUGUCCUCGAGCAACCAAACCAGACUCCAUUGCCAUUUAUAAGAGCAUGGACUACGGAAAGACCUGGCAGCCCUUCCAGUUCUACUCGAGUCAGUGUCGCAAGGUGUACGGUCGUCCUAACAGGGCGACCAUUACGAAGGCCAACGAACAGGAAGCCCUUUGUACGGAUUCACACCGGUUCAAUGGGAACGGUGGCGAGGGUGGACCAGUUGCCUCUCGCAUCGCCUUUAGCACUCUGGAAGGACGACCCAGCGCCUCAGACUUCGACAACAGUCCUGUGCUGCAAGACUGGGUAACAGCAACUGAUAUCAAAGUAGUUUUCAACCGCCUGCAUCUGCCUAACGGCUUUGAGGACGACGAGGAGGAUGGAGGAAUAGUUGAAAGUCAUCCUCAACAGACGGCGUUAAAGUUGGGCGAGGAAGACAACUACACAAAGAGCCCGCACCAGCAGCAAGAGAUAGAGAAUCACGCCGCAGCGCCCCUAGAACCCGUGGCCGCCGCGAGCAUUUCUGCAGACAGCGGUCCGAACGGUUUGGUUAACAGCUUUGCUCCCACUACGACCACCACGAUGUCCUACCACUAUGCCGUAUCGGACUUCGCUGUCGGCGGCCGAUGCAAGUGCAAUGGGCAUGCCUCCAAAUGCGUGCUUGCGGGCCGCGACGGGCAACUGGCCUGCGACUGCAAGCACAACACCGCGGGCAGGGACUGCGAAAGGUGCAAGCCCUUCCACUUUGACAGGCCAUGGAGCAGAGCAACGGCCAGGGACUCAAACGAAUGCAAAGCUUGUAACUGCAAUCUGCACGCCAGGCGCUGUCGCUUCAACAUGGAGCUGUACAAACUGUCUGGGCGCUUGAGUGGUGGUGUGUGUCUUAAGUGUCGCCACUUCACGGCGGGGAGACACUGUCAUUACUGCAAGGAGGGCUACUACAGGGACCCGACCAAGCCCAUCACGCACAGGAAGGCUUGCAAAGCAUGCGACUGCCAUCCGAUCGGUGCGUCGGGAAAGACGUGCAAUCAGACUACUGGACAGUGCCCAUGCAAGGACGGCGUUACCGGCGUCACGUGUAACCGGUGUGCCAAGGGCUACCAGCAGAGUCGCUCGCACAUAGCCCCUUGCAUCAAAAUCCCAAAGAUUUCAAACACGCAGGCAACAGCAGGGAGUGAUGAGGAUGGGGGCGGUGCGGGAGGCGGGAGAGAUCGGGAUCAGUGUGGAAAAUGCAGAGCUGGGACAAGACGAUUAAAUCUCAACAAAUACUGCAGAAGAGACUACGCUAUUCUAGGCAAGGUCUUGGAGCGCGAGACAGUAGAAGAUUGGGUAAAGUUCUCAAUGAGCAUCCAGUCAGUAUACAAACGAGCACGGGACUCAAGGCUGCGACGAGGAAACACGUACUUGUGGGUGCACAUGAAUGACUUAGCUUGCAAAUGCCCCAAAGUAAAGACUAACAAGUUAUAUUUGAUCUUAGGUAAAGAAAAGGAAGGGAAUCACCCAGGACUGACAGCUAGUCGGCGUUCAAUUGUCAUUGAAUGGAAAGAUGAAUGGCACAGGCGGAUGCGUCGCUUCCAACAUCGGUCACGCAAGUGCAAAUAAAUUGUUGCACUCUCAGAGAACAUGUGAGGAGGACUUGAAGAGGAUUAUCGCGUAAAAGGCUGAAAUGCCGCAAAUAAGUAGCAUGAAACCUUUGUAAAAUUAUCGGCUAUCAGAGUCUAUGCAAGGAUCAUGAAAAUAACACAGUUUUUAUAGACUUAUGUUUACGUUGACAUCACUGUCAUUUUCGAGAUUCUGGAGUUUCUUAAACUGUGUGGUGGAAGAGAUUGUUGUUGGUAGAUGAGAAUGAAAUGAAAAUACUUUUUGAAACAUAAUAAAGUUAUGAGUGUUGUAUACCUUUCUCAAGAGGCUAAAUAAGAAGAUAUGAGUAUUGGUGAUUGUGGUGGAUGAAAGUUACCAGGACACGUUUCAAACAGGAGAAGAACAAUGCAUAGAACAGCCACAGUUGAUGCGAGAUUGUAUUCGGUAGAAGCUUAUAAUACUGGUUAAUAAAGCCUGAGUCAGUUGAUUCCAUGUCAAGCAUUAGAAAUAAGUGGGAUUAUUUAUUUGGGUACUCUAACUAUAUUAUACAAAGUCAGUAUAUUUU